CGGCAACUUCUUCUCCACAACCCCGUUGACAUAAUCUCACCUGCGUAAACGCCCGUAUAUUCACUCUGAUAGCUGAAUGCCUCUGACUGGUUGCUGGGCGGGCCUCACAUGGCCUUCUUCUCCAGAUCCGGCCACUGAGUUCCACCUGAUAUUAUUUCGAGUGUCCUCCCCACGCCCGCCCUCUACUCCUCUGAACCGAGCAGCUUGCCAGGUUGAUAUCCCCGGUUCCUAUGCCUCGUGGUGGCUGCAGGCACGUUUCGCUUUCACGCACACUCGAGCAGCUGCUGAGAAGGGCAUUACCUCAUUAGGCCAUCACGAUCUGCCUUUUCAUCUAUCAGUCACAAACAUCAACAGUUAGAGCAGCCUCAUAGACCCACUCGUUAUUCUUAGACCUACGCCGCUUCCGUGAUGCAAAUCAUUGGUCUACUACGACAUGCCCCUCACCUCGA